UAUCGAAAGAAAAUAAGUGUUGUUUUUCUGCGGCGUUAAUAAACAAAGCAAAAAUAAUUCGAAAACUACGCGUUAUUGGGCUGUGCAAAUGGAGCAACCAGCUACAGGAGGUGCCGCUGUCCAGCCGGGCGUGUCCCCCGCCCUUAUCCGCGACACGGAGCACCUACUGGACCCCGUACUCUUCUCCAACGACAAUGGGAGCUUCAAGUUGAACACAGUGCCCGCAUUUAGCCUUCAUCUGCUUAUCUCGACUGCAAUUUCGAUUGUGGGAAUCGUACUGGCGGCCUCGUUUCCAGCGGAUCGACGUUGCGAUGCCUACUUCAUAAUGCUCUAUCUGCGGGCCACCUUCUGGGUCAUCACAUAUCUCUUCGAUCAUUUUGUGAAGAGACAACACGACAAUCUGCGCAUGCAGGGCUACCACGACUUCCAUCGCGAGACGAAAAUGCAGAAGGGGAUUCCCCUGCAGCUGGUAUCCCUGUGGAACUCCAUGCUGCUGGCCGUCCAGGCCCUGAUCCAUCACUUCUACGCCGAGAACUUCUGGGAGCACUGCGCCGCCGGCUGGCUGUCGCCAGUUAGCUAUGUGACCGCCUUCACCGUGGCCGAAAAUGUGGUUCUAGCCGUCUCCCACAGCUUUUAUAUUGAAAAAGUGCGCAAAUUCAACAGCAACAAGCUGCCUCCGGAUGUUCUGCGCGGUGCGGAUCGCGCCGGUGGUUCCUUGGGCCUCAUGCAACCAGGAGGCGACACUGAGGAUUUGCUGGAAAAACAGGCCGACCUCAUCGAAUAUCUACGUGACCACACACACAAGCUCAACCAGAAGCUGCACCAAAUGCAGACCAACGUGCGACCAGUGAGGGCUCCUCAAAUUCCUUAAAGACAAGCGUCUACAUAUUUCUACGUAUUAUAUUUUUACUGGUGGUUCUCUUUUUAUUUUUAAUUAUUUUGUUCACGACGAAGAAAUAUUCUUCAAGGAGAUCAAUUGCAAAAAUGCAAUUGGGCGCUAACGAAAAAAUGUAAUAUUAAAUUGUAAAUACAGAGAACGCAAUUCUUAAUCCGCGAUCAAAGACUAA